GGCCGAGACCUAUUUCACGCUGCUGAAGAUGGGGUGGCGUUAGAAAGAGCGGGGAGCAGCGGGGCGGAGGGCCCAGAGCGCGCAUGCGCAGCGUCGGUCAAUGGCGACCCGGACAGGCGGAAGCUAAUUUAGCAACAUGGCGGCCGAGGCAGACGGCCCGCUCAAACGGGCGCUGGUGCCGCUUCUCUUACCUGAGGAAUGCUACGACCAAAUUUUCGUCCAGUGGGACUUGCUUCACGUCGCCUGCCUCAAGAUUCUCCUCAGCAAAGGCCUGGGUCUGGGCAUCGUGGCCGGGUCGCUGCUGGUAAAACUGCCGCAGGUGUUUAAAAUCCUGAGAGCCAAGAGUGCCGAAGGGUUGAGCCUUCAGUCAGUAAUGCUAGAGCUGGUGGCACUGACGGGGACCAUGGUCUACAGCAUCACCAACAACUUCCCCUUCAGCUCUUGGGGUGAAGCCCUGUUCCUGAUGCUCCAGACAGUCACCAUCUGCUUCCUGGUCCUGCACUACAGAGGACAGACCGUGAAAGGUGUCACCUUCCUAACGUGCUAUGCGCUGGCCCUGCUGUUGCUGCUGUCCCCACUGACGCCCCUGGCCCUCGUCACCCUGCUCCAGGCCUCCAACGUGCCUGCGGUGGUCUUGGGGCGGCUGCUCCAGGCCGCCACGAACUACCGGCACGGGCACACGGGCCAGCUCUCAGCCGUCACCGUCUUUCUGCUCUUUGGGGGCUCCUUGGCCAGAAUCUUCACCUCCAUUCAGGAGACCGGAGACCUCCUCAUGGCCGGAACCUUCGUGGUCUCUUCCCUCUGUAACGGCCUCAUCGCUGCCCAGCUCCUCUUCUACUGGAACGCAAAGCCCCCCCGCGAGAAGAAAGAGUAGGGCUGAGCUGGCUGCUGCUGGAGCGCCUGCUGUGUCUCCCGCCGUCCCCAUCCGGAACCAGUCCGCUGGUGGGACCUCCCCUCCUUCAUCCCUCUGCAAUUGUGAAAGUCUCGAGCCGGGGGCUUAGGGGGACCGCGGAUCCCCGGAAAGCACGGGGGUAGGGCUCUCAGGCUGGCACUACUGCCCUGUGCACGGAGUGUUAACUCGCUGAACCGUUUGCCUGAGACUCCUCCUUCAGCGCCAUUCCCACCUAUUUAGGUUUUCUGGGGCCCGAGUCGGCCCUGCCCGCCCCCUCCCCCACGUCCCUGUGGCCCUAGAGGGCAGAGCCGCCGGUGGAAGCAGCUGGGGGCUUGGGGCUGCCUCCCUCCCCGAGCCCGGUUGGGACGGUCUCCAGGACCCCAGUGCUGGGUGGGGAGUGGGGGGAUGGAGAAUGACUCAGGCAGGGCCCCAGGGUGGGGUGAGGAGGUUCCUGCUCUGGCAGGUCCAGGCGGAAGGGAGUGGGGACUGCUGGUUCCUGCCGCAGUGAGGGGGAACAGACAUGGGGCAAUAAAGACUCCGAGACAGGG